UGACCUGUUUUACAAUGGGUGACUCAUACAUCAUAGCGAUAGAUUUUGGCACUGCAUACAGUGGAUAUGCUUACACUGUGACGUCCAAAGAAGACCAAAUUGAUCCUGUUUUGAAGUCGUGGGGGAAAGAGCUUGGACUGGAGACCCCAAAGACUCCAACCUGCAUUCUGUUCAAUGAAGAAGAAGAAUUUCUCAACUUUGGUUAUGAAGCUAAAACUGCAUAUAUCAACAUGCGAGGAGAAGAAGCAAAAAACCACUACUUCUUUGAGGCCUUCAAGAUGGCCCUCUAUGGCGCUAAACUCAACAAGGAUGUGACAAUUACUGCUGCAAAUGGGAAGUCAAUGAAUGCCUUGAAGGUCUUUACAUCAGCACUGAGCUACCUGAAGGAAAACGCACUGACAACCAUUAGUACCAAAGCAGGGAAGACCUUCAUUGCCUCUGACUUCACCUGGGUGCUGACUGUACCUGCAAUCUGGGAUCCUUCAGCUAAACAGUUCAUGAGAGAGGCUGCAACUCGGGCAGGUAUUGUGACAAAAGGAACAGAAGACAAGCUGGUCAUUGCACUGGAACCAGAGGCAGCGUCGGUGUGGUGUAAGAAGCUGCCAGCUGAAGGUUUCGUGACACAGAACCAUGACAAAGACUCACUUGAGCAAACACCAGGAACACAAUACAUUGUUGUCGAUUGUGGAGGUGGAACUAUUGACAUAACUGUACAUGAAGUGCUGGAUGGAGGAGCCCUGAAGGAGCUGCACAAGGCCUCUGGAAACAACAUGGGAGGUCAAACUGUUGACAAGAAAUUCAAAGAGUUCCUCAGAAAAAUCUUCUGUGAUGGUGUCUGGGAUGAAUAUGAGACAAAGUUUCCUAGUGAGGUUCAGAAAAUGAUGUAUGAUUUUGCAGUUCUCAAACAAGAAGAUGAAGAUGUCCAGAUCACCUGCACAUUUAACCUGGGAGAAAUAGCUCAGAGAAAGAAAGACAUGGGAAAGUUCUUUGAAACAGUGCAAGGGGCAUCCUGGCACGGUGGUUCAAUCAAAAUCACUAAAGAGAAAAUGAAGUCGUUCUUUGAUGAGUCUCUAAAUGGCAUCAGCAAGAGUCUCAGAGAAAUCUUGAACGAAGAUUUCAACAUUCAGUUCAUUCUGUUAGUGGGGGGCUACGCUGAAAGCAAGAUUCUGCGUUUUCACAUUAAGAGUGAGUUUAGUCAUCAGUGUAAAGUGCUGUGUCCUUUUAGGGCCCAAGAAGCAAUUGUGAAGGGAGCUGUACAGUUUGGAAGGAACCCAGAGGUGGUGGCAUCUCGAAAAAGUGCCUUCACUUACGGGAUUGCUACGUGCCAGAGUUUUGACAAGUCCAAGCAUAAGGCAGAAAAAAAAUUCACAACUGGUGAGGAUGACUUCUGUAAUGAUAUUUUCAUGAAACUAGUGGAAAUAGAUGAGGGUGUGGAUUGGAAUGAAACCAAAGAACACAUCUUUAAUCCAGUAAGUGCAGAUCAGACAGCAAUGAAUCUUAGAUUCUAUCGCACAGAAAGAAAAAAUGCAAAGUAUGUGGAUGAGUGGGGAAUAGAGGACGUUGCUUCAUUUUUUGUGAACAUGCCUGAUACUACACAAGGCGUGAAACGAGAAGUUCGAUUGGAGAUCAGGUUUGGCUCCACAGAGAUAACAGCCACAGCCACCGACUUAGUCUCUGGCUCAACAGGAUCAAUCAAGAUCGACUUCUUGACCAAAGGAAAAACAUCCAAAAUACAACACCAUCCUCUGUUGUUGCCUGACAGAAAAAUGUUAGAUGGAUCUGACUAAAUAAGCAGAAUCAUGACAAUCACCUCUGAUCUGUUGUAAUCAUAUAAUGUACUUUAACAGGGUCUUUCAUCUCUGCUUAGGGUUUACUUUUCAUUUAGGUGUUUUAAAGUAAACACCUGAUAUUAGGAUGUGGGCGUAAUUCCUCUAUCAUAGUGCAUAUUGCUGAA